UCCGAGUUUCUUCUUCUCCUUCUGUUCUGAUCCUAAUAUCUCUCUCCUGCAAUUAAUUUCUCUCAUCUGAAAUCAAUCUAAAAACUCCAAAAAUGAAAUCCACGAGAUUAGCAGUCUGGUUUAUUAAUAUCUCUCUACUACUUUUUAUCUGUCUCAACACAGUGGUUAAUGCAGAUGAUCAACAGAAACAAAACCCAAAUGCUGUUGAAAGAGGCAUAGGUAUUACAUCAACACCAUGGAAUACCGUCAAGUCUUGGUUAAAAGUUGCUCUAAUGAAUUUUAAACCACCUGAUUCUCAGUCGAUGCCAAAUAAAGAAGCAUCAAAUUCAGGGGAGUUAAUGAAAGAUGCAGUAAGCAAAAGCUUUAAAACAAGUACAGAUGCAGCUAAAGAAACAGCCAAGGCUGCCGGAGAUGCAAUUCAUUCAACUGCUGAGAAAGUAAUGAAGAAAACUGGAAUCUCAUCAUCGGAAGAGGACGAAUUGUAAUUUUAUUUCACUUAAAAGUAUUCGUAAUUUUUGUUUUAGGGUGAAUGCAGCAGUUUUUUCCGUUCUAGGUAGUAUAGAAGUGUUGGUAUGUAACGUCUGUAUGUUUUGAUGCCGUUUUUUUUAUUGGGGCAGCGCCUCAGUUUUUGUUUAUUUGUGUUCGUAAGAAGAAGUCUAGGUGAUCUUGAACUCAUGUGCUCUCA